AUGGGCAGGGGGAAGCUGCCCCCGGCCAUGGCCCAUGUUCACGGCCAAGGAGGAGUCAAGUUCCAGAACUGGGCCAAGACGUAUGGCUCCUGCCCGGAGCUCUACUUCCAGCCCACCUCGGUGGAGGAGGUCCGGGAGAUCCUGGAGAUGGCCCGGCAGCGGGGCAAGAGGGUGAAGGUGGUGGGGGGCGGCCAUUCGCCUUCCGACAUCGCCUGCACCGACGACUUCAUGAUCCAGAUGGGGAAGAUGAACAGGAUCCUCAAGGUGGACAAGGAGAAGCAGCAGGUGACGGUGGAAGGUGGGAUCUUCCUCUCGGAUCUGAACAUCGAGCUGAGCAAGCACGGGCUGGCCCUGGCCAAUCUGGGAGCCGUUUCCGAGGUGGCAGCAGCCGGUGUGAUUGGGACGGGGACGCACAACACCGGGAUCAAGCACGGCAUCCUCCCCACCCAGGUCGUAGCGCUCUCGCUGCUGACAGCCUCGGGGGAUGUCCUGGAGUGCUCCGAGUCCGUCAACGCGGACAUCUUCCAGGCCGCCCGCCUGCACCUCGGCUGCCUGGGCGUCGUGCUCACCGUCACCUUCCAGUGCGUGCCCCAGUUCCACCUGCACGAGGUGACCUUCCCUUCCACCCUCACCGAGGUGCUCGAUCACCUCGAGGACCACCUGAAGAGAUCCCAAUACUUCCGAUUCCUGUGGUUCCCGCACAGCGAGAACGUCAGCAUCAUCUACCAGGACCCCACCAACAAGCCCCCCUCUUCCUCCGCCAGCUGGUUUUGGGAUUAUGCUGUUGGCUACUAUCUGCUGGAGUUUCUGCUCUGGCUCAGCACCUUCGUGCCCAGCUUGGUGUGCUGGAUCAACCGCUUCUUCUUCUGGCUCCUCUUCAGCUCCCGGGUGGAGAACGUUGCCGUCAGCUACAAGAUCUUCAACUACGAGUGUCGCUUCAAGCAGCACGUGCAGGACUGGGCCAUCCCCAUUGAGAAGACGAAGGAAGCCCUGCUGGAGCUGAAGGCCGCCUUGGAGAACAACCCGAAGAUGGUGGCGCACUACCCCGUGGAGGUGCGCUUCGCUCGGGGGGACGGGAUCUGGCUGAGUCCCUGCUUCCAGCGGGACAGCUGCUACAUGAACAUCAUCAUGUACAGGCCCUAUGGAAAGAACGUGCCCCGGCUCAACUACUGGCUGACCUACGAGGGCAUCAUGAAGAAGUACGGCGGGAGACCCCACUGGGCAAAGGCCCACAGCUGCACCAGGAAGGACUUUGAGAAGAUGUACCCGGCCUUCCCCAAAUUCUGCUCUGUCCGGGAGAAGCUGGACCCCACGGGGAUGUUCCUGAACACCUACCUGGAAAAGGUGUUCUGCUGA